CCACAGGUGGUAUCAGGUCUCGGAUGAUGAUGAGCGAGUAGAGGUGAAGCUACCCUGUUUAGGUACUGCUGCAGGCGUGGUGAUGGGGGCGCAUGGGCGGUGUUGGUGGGUGAUGUGGGGAUGGGAUGGUGGUGGAGGAAAAGAAGGAGGACGGGGAGGAAGAAAACGCCCACCACCACCACCACGACUCACAAGCACACUACCAUCACCCCGGCGAAGUUCUCAUAACUCGGGUGUCUAUGUCCUGUGCCUUGUAUUGUUAACAUUGGUGUGGGGUACCUCAGGGGUGACAUCCCAGGCCAAUACUACCUACACCAUCUCCACCACCUCCGCCUCUCCCAGUCUUGACGACGACCCCUCCACCAACACUAUUUCCUCCAGCCUCCGUUCCUACGUGUCCCCUAUGUUAGAUGAGGGCACCUUCAACACGGUGCGAGGUACUAUCAACGAAACCGAACACGCUGCCAACUGGACUACUGCGUGUGUUCAGACAAACGAGUGGCCUAAAUUUGACAACAAUACCAAGAGCAUCCUGGUGGGGUUCCUACUGACGCGGCUGGGGAAAAUGAGGGAGAGGUUAGGACUCAAGAUCCCCGGUGCCUUCUCCUACGCCGUGGAAGAUGUCAACAACAGAUCCGUCCUACCUGAGAAUUACCAGAUGAGGUUUGAGGUCCACGACACCGAAGGGCUGGAGGAUUUAGGGAGCAAAUCCGUGGUAGACUUGUUGUGUAAGGGCGUCUCUGCCAUCUUCGGCCCCGAGCACACCUGUUACGUCGAAGGAACCAUCGCCCAGGGCAAGAACCUACCCAUGAUAUCCUACGGGUGCAGCAAUGAGCGGGCCUCCCGAUUCACCACCUUCGCCAGGACAAACCCUUCGGAGAAAUAUAUCAUCAAGACAACGGUGGCGACGCUGCGACACAACAACUGGAGUAAGUUCUCCAUUAUCUACAGCGACGGCCAACACAGCAUGAUGGAGACCCUGAAGGAGGAAGCCUCCAAGGAGAAUAUGACCAUCAACCAUGAGAUACAGUAUAAUACUGAGCACCUCCACACCAUCUUUCAGGAGACCAAGAAUGAGACGAGGAUUUAUGUGUUCAUCGGUCAUCGAAAUCUUGUAAAUGAGCUGUUGACGGUAAUGGCCAUGACGGGCAUCUUCACGCUGAAGGAGAGGAGGAAGGAGUACGUGCUGCUCUUCGUGGAGCGGGAGGAGUACAUGCCCAACGACUGGCACAGCUAUAUAUGGGCGGGCAACUCAUUGUUGCAGAUCGAGAGUGAUAAUAGAUGUUUGGAACGUGAUCUGAAGGUAUAUGAUGGCGCGUUCAUGGUUGUAGCAAACAGGGUUCCGGAAAGUAAAAAUCUGUUGGAGACGAUCAGGAAGUACAACAAGAAGUCGCCCUUCUGUCUCGGCUACCACCCCAGCUUCAACAGGCCUGACCGGAAGCCAGGAAUGAUGGAGAAGGAACCAGCAAUCUCCAUCGAACCGCACAUUCCAUAUCUGACGUCGGCGUACCUAUAUGACUCAGUGCAGUUGUAUGCCCGGGCAGUGUCUGAGCUCUAUGCUGCCCAAGAAACAAAGAUACAAUCUGUUGAAGAAAUUGCCAAAGAUGGUGCCAGGAUCAAGAACCAUCUCAAGAAAAUGACGUAUUUAAGCAUCCUGGGGUUCAACAUGACCAUGAAUUCAAAUGCGUCAAGUGAGGGCAAGUACAGCGUUUACUAUUUCUCCAAAUGCCCUGACCCCACGGAGGACAGCCUCAACUGUUCCAGGUGUCUCUAUAAGAUUAGUGACUAUUACAGUGAGAACUCUUCUCUUAUGCUACAUGCCGAGAAGUUCAACAUCCGGGACGAGCCAGAGUGUGGCUACGACGGAAAAAAAUGCGCCAGAAGAGAUCAGGAAUACCAGAAGUACAUUGCCGGGGCAAUGGGUGGAUUACUCAUCUUGUUCACCUUCAUCUCCACCAUUUUGUACCGCAACUGGAAAUACGAACAGGAAAUUGAUGGUCUCCAGUGGCGUAUCGAUUGCAACGACUUGAAACUGAAUAGCCACGCCUCUGCUGGGAGUAGGGUACGUGAGGCCGGCUUAUACUCUACUUCUUCUUCCCUAACCAGCAGGACAAGUCUUGCAAGUGCUGUUUCGUAUGACGUUCAUGGCCAGUGGUACCAAUACCUUGGUAACUACAAAGGCACAGUGGUCUGUCUUAAGUCCAUGCCACUGAACCGGAGGAGACCAGAACUCACUCGUAAUACUAUGAUAGAAAUGAGAAAUAUGCGGGAAAUGAAACAAGACAAUGUUUGUUCCUUUAUUGGAGCAUAUGUUGAACUGAGGAGAGCAGCACAUGGGGAACACAGUAAGGUGACACUAGUAACAGAGUACUGUGCCAGAGGAUCACUACUUGAUAUACUUGCCCUGGAAGACAUCAAACUGGAUUGUCUCUUCAUAUCCUCCCUUGUUCAUGACCUUUUAAGGGGGAUGAUAUUCUUACAUUCACAUUUAGGUCCUCAUGGUAAUCUAAAGUCCUCCAACUGUGUGGUGAAUAGCAGAUGGGUUCUCCAGAUCACUGACUAUGGCCUCCAUGACCUGCGUUGUGAAAGCCUUCGUAAUCUUGAGAGGGAAGACCACGACCAAUUUGACCGGCACAUGCUGUGGAGAGCUCCAGAACUUCUUCGUGCUGGCAUAGAGGUGCCAGGAACCAAGGAAGGAGAUGUUUACUCCUUUGCUAUAAUACUUCAUGAAAUAAUUGGCCGCCAAGGGCCGUAUGACACAUAUGAACCUGAUACAGACGUGGCUUCAGAUAUUAUCAGGAAACUGAAGGAUGGCUCAACAGUGACUGGCCCUCCAUAUCGGCCUGACCUCAACAAGAUAGUGGGCAUGCCUUAUGGUUCCGAUGAGUCUGUACGCGAGGCUAUGCAAGCAGCCUGGGAAGAAAAACCUGCCGACAGACCAAAUUUCCGUACGCUUAAGGGGAAACUCAAGAACAUGAAAGAUAAAAGUCGGAAGGGUAACUUGAUGGACCACAUGAUGCAGAUGAUGGAACAAUACAGCAAAAACCUCGAGGAACUCGUCGGCAACCGCACGCAGCAACUCAAAGACGAACAGCGCAAAACUGAGGACCUCCUUCAUCGAAUGUUGCCAUCGUCUGUAGCAGCAAGUUUAACAAAGGGCAUGGCUGUAGAGCCUCAAGGUUUUGACUCUGUCACCAUAUACUUCAGUGACAUUGUGGGGUUCACUUCCUUGUCUGCAGAAAGCACGGCUUAUGAGGUGGUAAAGUUCCUUAAUGACCUGUACACCCUGUUUGACAAUAUCAUACGUGGCUAUGAGGUAUACAAGGUGGAGACCAUUGGUGAUGCAUAUAUGGUAGUAUCUGGUCUGCCCAAGCUUAAUAUGGGAAGACAUGCUGGAGAGAUCGCUUCCAUGGCCCUCGAACUGCUGGACGGAGUUCAAAAUAGAUUUGUCAUUCGGCAUCGUCCUGAUAGAAGGCUGCUGUUACGUAUUGGGCUUCAUACAGGCCCGGUAAUAGCUGGGGUUGUGGGCCUCACCAUGCCAAGAUACUGUCUGUUUGGGGACACUGUAAACACUGCCUCAAGAAUGGAGAGUAAUGGGGAGCCACUGAGAAUCCAUAUAUCUAAGUCAUGUCAUGAUGCACUGGAAAAACUUGGUGGGUAUGUGAUGGAGGAGCGUGGACUAGUCAACAUGAAGGGUAAGGGUGAAGUCCUGACCUACUGGCUCAAUUCUGCCACACCUAAGGCCAUCCAGCGUAGAGAAUAUAUCGAGUCUGUCUCACCGCCUCUGCUUCAACUCAACGAAUUUGAGCCAGAGACAAGACGCCGCAGCCCUAGAUUGUCUUCACUAGGCUGCCGAACAUCAAGCAUUCACAGAAGCAUAGAAGACCCAGGAGAUCUAAAUGGUGGGCUGCCACAGUUACACCACGAUGAACCGAGAGACUCCCCACGUUCAGACAUCUUUUCCUACCGUCGACGUUUUAGCAACAAUCUCCGCACUUCCAGCGUAGAUAACACUACACGAGGCAGUCUGCUUUGCCCCCCAAGGCAAGAAAGUGCUCCUAAUAUAGUGCAUCAGAGUGUCAGUCUUGAUGAGUUGCACCAUCCUGGUGUUCGUUUAGAAGUGCCAGCGUUACAAAACAUCACCAAAGCUGCAUCACCCUCAUCGUCAGUCCCGACAAUACCGCUGGAAGAUAUACAGCGUGGAGUCAACUUCUGUCCCUCGGCGGCAGACAAUGAAGACGUUCCUGCCACCCACUGUCAUGGUGAACGGGACCCCAUGUUAAACGAAGGUGAAGGAGACACGCCAUUACAAGGCAUUUAUACUGGAAACAAUAGUCCGUGUGUGUCGGGAACUGAAAGCAUACGAUCGUCCGUGAUACGCUGGCUGAAUGGACUUAUCCAUUUCUCACAUUCUAAUGCUCGAAUACCAACAAAUAAAGGUUCAUUGAAUGGACUGAAGAGUGAGAGUCAUGUUUAGUUUACUCUCUGAACUGAUUAUUUAUGAUUACAGUUCUUAUUCACUCAUGGUUAAGUAAUAUUCCUAGAGGCUGUGUAAGACACCAGUAAAGAUAAAUAUCUUACCUUCAAAAUUUAUAAAAUUCAUUUUGUGAAUAUCGAUAUUGAUACUGAAAGUAAAUUACUUAUCAGUUACAUGAAGUGCAAAAACCUUUAUCAUUAACCAAAAAAACUAUUGAUGAAAAUAUGUUGAAAAGUACUGUAAGGGGUAGAAAACUGUACUAUACAUAAAUAUUUGUUUACAAAAUUUGAAAAACAUAUAUACUGUACUGUACUGUAUAGCUAACUCUUAAUACUAAAGUUUUUUAAAAUUGCAGAUGACAGGUUUUAAUUAGAUUUGAAUUCAUCAUUUGUAAAAUAAAAAUGACAGUGCAUUAAAUGCCUAAUAUAAUUGCUCAGAAUAAAAGAUCUACUUGUAUCAUCAGUCAUAGCUGCUAAAUUACUUAGAGGUGAUAUUUAUGUUAUAAUAUGAAAGUAGCAAUGGUUGAUAUGUGAAGUUUUGUUACAUGUUAUGUGAUAGAUAACAAGAAUAUACAAGUGGCUCUCAGUCACAUGAUAUUUUGUAAAAACAUUUUGGGUUGUCAAUUUUAAGAUGGUUAAAAGUGAUUUACAAAUUGGAUGCAAUUUGGUAAUGAUAAUUGACACCUGAGGGUGAUCACUGAGCCAUCCGAUACAUGAAAAAUUUUCAAGUGGUCUCAAGUAUAUUCAAGUGGUCUCAAGUAUAUUUGUCAAGUGAAGUGAAGAUUGGACAUGUUAUGUGGAGGCAUCAUGGUUUGGCCACUCACUUACAUAAUGUGAAAAAUUGACUUAUUGUUAAUAUUGUAAAUUUAUGUAAAUUAGUAUUACAAAAUAUAAAAACUUUUAUCCAUUAGAUAUGAUAAAAUUAAUUUUAUGGAAUAACUAGUUAUCUUACUUAAAGAAGCCGUGAGGCUGGUCUGUCAGAUCAUAGCACAAUGUGGAUUUUACUAAGUUCACUUUUGCCAGACUGUGAUACACAAUGAGUUGUUGAGAAGGUUCUGAGUAAAGUGGCUACACAUUCACACCAAGCUAAGCUGUAUUCCAGAUAUUUAAAACUCUUAGAAAAAAUACUGGUUCUGUAUUAAAUAUUAGAUAAAGUGAACAUUAAUAAUUUUUAUACUGGGCAGAUGUGGAGCAACUGUUUGAGUGGGCAAUGAGUUUGUUACAAACCACUUUUCUCUGUAUUGUUCAUCUGAACAUUGUAUUCAACUUUCUGAACGUGCCAUACUCUGGGGCAUUCUUUACUGAAAGGACUAGAAGUAUAUUGUCUGUGGUAUCAUUCAUUUCUAAAAUGUUAUUUGAAAAAUGUAUUGUGGAGAGCUUGUGCCAGGUUGCACGUCCUCGCAAUUGUCUUUAUGGAGUGUCGUCUUUGUACAAGCUCACAAUGUGAACAGUUAUAUGGUGGCCUAAAUUUUAAUACAACAUUCAGUGUAUAACUUUAGCUGAAGGCAAUUUCUCCCCUCAUGGAAGAGUUGUACUGUGCUGGGUCCUGAUCAUUACUUGUGACAUCAUUCCUGUGCUGUAUAAAAUAGUCAUGUUGAACACAUUUAAUUAUACACAAUUACCAAUACAAUUAUUCUGUAAUGUCACUAAUGCAAAAAUGCAUUUUUGUACUUAAGUAAACCAAGAUUAUGCCGAGCCACAUAUAUAAUGAAUGUUUUUUAUCUUAGGCCUUUUUAUUUUAUACAUUACUUCUUUUUUCUCAUAUUCAGCAACACUGUAGCAUGUGACUCUCGGGUCUAGUAGAAUCCAUGUCUUUAAAAUAAUGUUCAUGUGUUUAUAUUUAUUUAUUUUUUUUUUUUUUAGUCUAUGCUGAAUAUAUUAAAUUCAUGACUUCAAUUUGCUUGGAAAUAAAUGGAGAAUAUAAAUUAUUCGUGGCACAAACUCCAGGCUUGGAAUUUCAUGGCAGCCUUAGCCAUCAUUGCAAAAACAAAAAGGGUCCAUGGCCACUGUGCUGUGCCCCUUCUCCCUUUUGACUAUAGAAUCCUUUUUUGAAUUUCCAGGCCUGAAACUCCACAGAUGAAAUCUAUUAUUGAAAUGAAGAUCUUAUGCCAAAGUAUUGGGAAGCUGCAUGUGUAAAUGGAUUUAAACAUACUUGUACUUAAAUGUAUUUAUAUACAUUAACUAAAAAUACAUAUUUAUGAAAGUU